GUAACUCACAGUCCUCUUGGGAGGUACAGAAAUCCUGUUUUGCAGCCCGGGGCACCUUGGCAAUUGGCCUGUAAGAACAUGUGGGACAAGGAGGUCUCAUACUUGGCUUGUUGGGAUAUGACUGAAAGCACAUUUGUGUAGCUCAGGCCCUCUGUUCGGUUUUGGUUUCUUUUCAGUGCUAACCAGAAGUCCAAGAAGAGAGCAUGGACCAGCCCAGCGGAAGGAGUUUCAUGCAAGUUCUUUGUGAGAAAUACAGCCCUGAGAACUUCCCAUAUCGUCGUGGACCUGGUAUGGGGGUGCAUGUCCCAGCAACUCCCCAGGGCUCCCCUAUGAAAGAUCGCCUCAACCUUCCGAGCGUGCUAGUGCUGAACAGCUGUGGCAUAACGUGUGCAGGGGAUGAGAAUGAAAUCGCUGCCUUCUGUGCUCAUGUGUCUGAGCUAGAUCUUUCUGACAAUAAACUGGAAGACUGGCAUGAGGUCAGUAAAAUUGUGUCCAACGUUCCCCACUUGGAGUUUCUAAACUUGAGUUCCAACCCUCUCAGUUUGUCCGUUUUAGAGAGAAGGUGUGCUGGCUCCUUCGCUGGUGUCCGCAAACUUGUGCUCAACAACAGCAAAGCUUCCUGGGAGACAGUCCACACAAUCCUGCAGGAAUUGCCAGACUUGGAGGAGCUUUUUCUGUGCCUUAAUGACUAUGAAACAGUGUCUUGUUCUCCAGUUUGCUGUCAGUCUCUCAAAUUGCUCCACAUAACUGACAAUAAUCUUCAAGACUGGACUGAAAUUCGAAAACUGGGCAUUAUGUUUCCAUCACUGGACACACUUAUCCUGGCUAACAACAACCUCACGACCAUUGAAGAGUCAGAGGAUUCCCUAGCAAGGCUGUUCCCCAACCUGCGAUCCAUCAAUUUGCACAAGUCAGGUCUGCAUUGCUGGGAAGACAUUGACAAGUUAAAUUCUUUUCCCAAGCUCGAGGAAGUGAAAUUGCUAGGAAUCCCUUUGCUGCAGUCCUACACCACUGAGGAACGCAGGAAGCUGCUAAUAGCCAGGUUGCCAUCUAUCGUCAAGCUUAAUGGAAGCAUCGUUGCCGAUGGGGAGCGAGAGGACUCGGAGCGAUUCUUCAUCCGAUAUUACAUGGAAUUCCCAGAGGAGGAAGUCCCAUUCAGGUAUCACGAGCUGGUCACGAAGUAUGGGAAGCUGGAGCCCUUGGCGGUGGUGGACCUUCGGCCACAGAGCAGCGUGAAGGUGGAGGUUCACUUCCAGGAUAAGGUGGAAGAGAUGUCGAUCCGUCUGGAUCAGACUGUGGCAGAAUUGAAGAAGCACUUAAAAACUGUUGUGCAGUUGUCGACAAGCAACAUGCUGCUCUUCUACUUGGACCAGGAAGCUCCCUUUGGUCCCGAGGAGAUGAAAUACAGCUCGCGAGCACUGCAUUCCUACGGCAUUCGGGAUGGAGAUAAAAUUUACGUGGAGCCCAGAAUGAAAUAGCCUCUUUUGACCUUGUGGGUGCACGCACGUGCACACCCAUACCCCCCCACACCCACACACAUGCAUUAAGGAGUUUUGGCAAGGUUUUUGUUUCGGUUGGUUGGUUGAGGUUUGGUUGUGUUGCUGUAGCAGGUGAUUUCUUAGCCCGGAGGAAGUGCCCUGAUCUGAGAACCAUGCCUGCCAUCCACUGCAGGUGACCUUGAGGUGACAGUUGACUUCAGUGCGUGUGUUUCAGUGUGUGCAAUACCUUGAUGUUUCCUUUGAUGCUCCGGUAUACUCGUGAUUUGG